AAUUAGUUGCUACAAGGCUUUCGUCGGAAUUGGUCGUUCAGUAGCAGUAUGCUCAAGUUAAGCAUUUUUCUACUGUGCGCGAUUGUUGCCCUGGAAGUUUAUGGAUCCCCAGUCAAAUACCAGGAAAACCCGGGAUCCGUUUGUCUUCUUGAGGACGCACCAAACCAAUGCGGGUCAUUUUGCCUUUCAGCACUAGGUCCACUCUAUGAUCACAUGGCAGAGUUCAAGCUGCUCUUAAAUAAAACCAAGAAAAGCUUCGAUUUAAAAUUAGAACGGAUGCAAAAUGAGCUAACUGUGCGUCUAAAUAAAUUGCAACAUGACUUAGACAAAAAGGAAGAGACUAGUGUCAAAUGCAUCCCACCAAACUUCGAGAAAAUCGGUUCAAGAUUUUUCUACAUUGUAAAAGAUGUUAAGCACAAUUGGACUGAUGCUGGGGUCGUCUGUCGUCAAAAGGGAGGACAUCUAGCGUCUAUUGAAAAUCAAGAGGAGUUCAACGCCAUUGUUUCCAAACUGAAGUAUUCGGAGCCAUAUUUUCUGGGCCUCAACGACAGGGCCAAAAGAGGCGAUUUUGUGUCAAAGGCUUCCGGAAAACGAUCCUCGUUUUUUAAUUGGGAUCAGGGUGAACCCCAUUACCAAAACGAAAGUGAGGCUUGCGUUGCAAUUAUUGAAGGCGUAAUGCGGGUGCACAAUUGUACUUACAAAAAAUAUUUCAUUUGCCAGGAAGAUAAUAACAUUUAAUAACAGCAAAUAAAAAUCAAAACAAAUAAGUCAUUUGUUAACACACAUUUUUUGGAAAGCCCUAUAUACUACCCCAUAAAUUGCCUGAAAGUUUUUAAUAAAUUUACUUGCAAUUAGUUAUAUUUAAAAAGUGUAUUUACUGAAUCAUUCAAGCUUACUAUAUAUCUGUGGAAUAUGAUGGUA